AUGCUCGACCAAGUCCUCGUCGAGAUCAUAGAGGCUGCCAUUUCCUCUGAAUUCACCCACAUCGACACAGCUGAGGCUUAUGGCACCGAGGAAGAAGUUGGCAUUGCCAUCAAAGAGAGCAACGUUCCACGCCACAAGCUGUUCGUGACGACCAAGGUCCUGGACUCCAUCGACGAAAUCGGCUCCGCCUUUAACAACAGCCUUCACAAGUUGCAGCUUGAUUAUGUUGACAUGUAUGGCCUCCCCACAUCUCCACCCUUUGGUCAUUUGAUGAAAGACAAAAUUGAUCUCACGCUUGCCAGGUACAUGAUCCACUCGCCGUACUGGACAACCGGCGAAUUGAAGUUACAGGACGCCUGGAAGAAGAUGGAGGCGGUCCGUCGUUCCGGCAAAGCCAAGGCCAUCGGCGUGUCGAACUACCUCCGCCCGCACGUGGAGGCAACUCUUGCCGUAGCCAGCAUCGUGCCUGCCGUCAAUCAAAUCGAGUUCCAACCCUACUUGCAACGAUCCGAAGAUUACAUUCCCUGGCUGCGGAGCAAAGGCAUUCAGGUCUCUGCUUUCAAGCCUCUGACGCCUAUCGCUUCAGCUGCUGGCGGCCCUCUACACGCUGUCGUGGAGAGGACCUCCAAGAGGCGUGGGGUGUCUGUGAACUCAAUUCUGCUUCGGUGGCAGGUGCAGAAGAACGUGGUGCCCGUUACCACAACGGGGAGGGAGAAUAGGCUGAAUGAGUACCUGGCAGCUGCCCAGUACGAGCUUACGGAGGAGGAGGUUGAUGAGAUCUCCCACGAGGAAACCGCCUUCAAUAUGCGGCUUAUCAACGUCCAUACGUACAAGCUCCAAGAUUUCAUGGGGGAUUUAUCGACGUAUCCGAGCUAUGCAAUCUUGUCGCACACAUGGGAGAAGGAGGAGGUUUCCUACCGAGAUAUGCAGGAACUGUCCGUCGCCAAAUGGAAGAGAGGGUUCAAGAAGAUUGAAAUGUGCUGCCGACAAGCAGCCGCUGAUGGAUACCAUUGGGCCUGGGUCGACACAUGCUGUAUCGACCAGACUUCAAGCGCGGAACUGUCCGAGGCCAUCAACUCGAUGUACAAGUGGUACGAGUCUUCUAUGGUCUGCUACGCUUAUCUAAGCGAUGUGACCUCGGUCGAGAAAUUCAAACAGAAGAUCAACUCAACGUUGGCUGCACCACGCUGGUUCAGGAGAGGCUGGACGCUUCAAGAGCUAAUCGCACCCCUUCGCGUCAAGUUCUUUUCGAACGGAUGGCGCUUCCUUGGCUCCAAGCAGGACCUCUCCAGCCUCCUAUCGAAAUGGACCGGAAUCCAGGUCUCGGUACUGGAGCACCAGGUCACUAUCCACGAUGUGUCAACAAUGGCUGCAGACGGCGAGAACGAACAGAUUGGGAAGCAUGUUUGCAUCGAGCCCAAGAGAGUUUGA